GAACUGUUGAAUUGCAAGGCAGAAAUAGGCAGCUUCAGCUGAUUGUGCACAAAGGGCGGUUCUUUCCCAGGCAACGAAAUGCUUUAGCAGCCGUGGCCAGCCCCAACUUUGGGAGCUGCUUCUGGGCCCCUGCCGGUGUAGGGCUUUUCAUCGGCCUUGCAAAGAAACAUGGCAAAUCCAGACGCCUUGUGCUAUGCCGCGCGAAGGAUGAUGGCAAUUCAGGCGACGUUUACAAGGACACUGUGCUGCUUCCAUCAACAAAAUUCUCGCAGAGAGCCAAUGCAAAGAAGCGAGAGCCUGAACUCCAAGAGUUCUGGGAUUCUGAAAAGAUCUAUGAGAGAUUGCAGGAAAUGCCCAAUCUGAACGGCAGCUUUACAUUGCACGAUGGACCGCCUUAUGCAAAUGGCUCUUUGCACAUGGGCCAUGCCUUGAACAAGAUCCUGAAAGACAUCAUCAACAAGUUCAAAGCUGUCCGGUGCUUUCCACUGGCUGAGACCUCCUUAUUGCAGGAGAGCCUUCAGAAGGCCCUCCAAGAUCUCGCUCAGUGCCUGCGAAGCAGCCAUGAGAAGAGCAUCAGCAAGCUGCAAAUGUUGCGGGAAACAGCGCAAGGUGGUCAUGAAAAUGCCUCAGAGGUCCAGGCUGUGCAGCUACCGAAUGCGGCAGAAGAGUCGCAGCGUACGACCCUGCACUUCGUUUCGGCUGGAGAGGGGUCCGAGCGCAGCGAAUCACCACAUCGUCCGAGUGAAGGUCAUAGCCAUAAGUUCAGUGUUCAAAGUUUUCGACCAUUGCCGGACAAGGCCGACUUUCGGAUACGCGAGGACUGGUCGAGACAGGUUGCGAUCGCUACCAUUCAUGAGCAUCCACGAGACAUGCCAACAAACACUUCGAGACUCAGGUAUAUGGAUGGUGAGAGUGAAGAAGAACUUGACUGCCUCUCAGCACGUCUGGCUCCGUUGAUGAUGACACCUCAAUCCAGAGGUCGAAUCGCAUGGGACGUUCUGUCAGCGAUUUUUAUUGCUUGUGACGCUGUCCUAAUACCUUUGCAACUGCUUCUUGAUGAAGGAGAGGGCUGGGCGAUCAUCAAUUGGAUCCUGCGGGUUUUCUGGACGUCAGAUCUCGGCAUGAACUUCUUGAGGGGCUUCGCACGCCCAGAUGGGUCAGUGGAGAUGUCUCCACGUCGAGCUAGCGUGCAGUAUUUGAAGACUUGGUUUGCCCUAGACUUCUCAAUUGUUUGCUUGGACUGGCUUGAUCUCGUUGAUCUUGAAAGUACAGACGCUGCAAGACUUGGGAAGUCUGUGAAGAUGAUUCGUUUUCUCAAAGUUGCCAGGCUGAUUCGAUUGGUCAGGUUUUCUCGCAUGACUGAACUCAUCGGACACCUUGCGGCGUUCUUUCGCUCUGGGAUGUUUCCAACAAUCAUGGGCAUCUUCAAGAUCAUGACAGGUAUGAUGAUUUUUUGGCAUUUGCUGGCCUGUGUCUGGUAUAGACUUGGAAUUGACAGUGAAACCGAUGCGAAUUGGAUCGAUCGCUUUGGCUAUAGCGCAAAACCGAUUGGACACCUCUACUUCAUUUCGCUUCACUGGGCGCUCACGCUUUUUAUUGGAACCAUGGAGGUCACCCCGGUGAAUUAUGAUGAGCGCGUCUUGACAGUCAUUGCACUUUACUUCAGCUUCUUCCUCUCGGCUGCGGUUAUCAGUUCCAUCACAUCAUCCAUGACCAAGCUUGACUUGCUCACAGUUCAAAGGGAUUCCAAGUUGACCGCGCUCAAGCAGUACCUGUUUGACAACAACAUCUCUCCACGCCUCACUCUACGCAUUCAACGCAGUGUUGUAAUGGCAAUUCAGGAGCAGGAACGUGAUGUCCCAGAGCACAAGGUUGAGCUUCUGAACUUGGCAGCCGAAAGCCUGAAGAGCGAUCUGCACUUCGAGAGGUAUAUGCCGCUCUUGGCUCAGCAUCCGCUAUUUGGAUUUCUUCAAUUCCUUGCAGAGGAUGUCAUGCGUCGCUUCUGCCAUACUGCAAUUUCCAGGAUCUCGAUAGCGCCAAGUGAAGUGAUCAUUUCGAAUGAUACCAACCUGGAGCAAACCGAUAUGUUCUUCUUGGAGUCUGGCACUGCAUCGUACGUGAGCAGCUAUCAAGGUCACAUCACCAUUAGCAGCAAUAGCCGCUUUCCGUGGCUCUGUGAGCCAGCCCUUUGGACUCACUGGACAAAUAUUGGUGCAUGCUUGGCGAAGACGCAUUGCUCACUACUUCGCAUUGAUGGUCUCCAGUUCAGGCAAGUGGCAAAGACCGCAGCACAUCCGGACUUCCUGCCAGUGAUUCGCACAUAUUCAGAAAAGUUCAUUGCAACUCUCAACGAACAAGAGCCUGAAGAUUUGACCGACUUGCACGACUACUCCGACUUUGAUCUGGAGACCGUUCUCUCAAGUACCCGAGAAGACACCCAGACCGAAAUGGCAAAUUCUCGACGAGCUGCCAAAGUGUUCCUCCAAAAGUCGAAAAGGAAGAGUUGGUUGGGACGAGCCACAGGUCAUAAGAUCAAGUACAUCCCAGGAUGGGACUGCCAUGGUCUCCCUAUUGAGCUGAAGGUCCUUCAGAGCCUCAAGUCAAAGGACAAGAAGGGACUCACUCCUAUCAAGCUGCGUGAGCAGGCAGCCAAGUUUGCUCAGGAAACAGUCAAGGAGCAGAGGACAUCCUUCCAGCGAUAUGGUGUUUGGGGUGAUUUUGACGAGCCCUACUUGACUCUGCUUCCAAAGUAUGAAGCAGCACAGCUUCGGAUUUUCGAGGAGAUGGUACGUGGUGGCCACAUUUACCGUGGGAGGAAGCCAGUUUACUGGUCACCAUCAACCCGUACAGCGCUUGCAGAGGCUGAGCUGGAAUAUCCAGAGGACCACGUCUCUCCGUCGAUCUACGUGGCCUUCAAGUGCAUUGAGCUUCCUGAAGACUUUGCCACCUUCAAGGACCUUGAGUUGGCGGUCUGGACCACGACACCGUGGACAAUCCCCGCCAACCGGGCAGUGGCAGUGAAUCCCGACCUCAAGUAUUCCAUCGUGAAGGCUGAAUGGGCGGAAUCUGACAGGACUCGGCAUUUGGUGGUGGCAUCUGGCUUGGUGGAGCGACUUGAAGGCCUCCUUGGUGCCACUCUCACAGUAGAGAAGGAAUGUGAAGGAGGUGCGCUUGAAGGAAUCAAAUACGAGCACCCAGUCAGUGGCAUCGAGACACCCUUGGUGUGGAGCCCAUCCUACACCCCCGAAUUGAACACCUCAUUCUUCGGUGCCUUCAGGUUAUUGGUGGUGCCUGUCUCAGGGGUUUGUUAG